AUGCCCGGGUCUUUUUUUCAAUGGAUCUACAAUCACCUAGCCGAACCUUUAGCUGAGGGUGAGGCAGAGCCAGAGGCUGAAUCAUCGACAGAGUGGGCCGACGAGUUCUCCUACUGGGUGCAGGGCCGGGGGGAAAGUUCAGAGAAUCCUGUGGCGUGCGCCAGCGGAUCUUUGGAAUCUGGUUUGCCACAAAAGUGGUUGCACCCCAUGAAAUUCGCAGAGCUCUUUGACUUGUAUGAGUUCAUGUAUGGCAGCGAGAGCACAUGCGGGCGAUCAUUGCUGCGCCGGGUCUAUGUAGAAGAAUGGAGGGCAUGCCUCCGGAUUCGAAAAACCUCCCAACACACCCAGUGCAAAGAUUGUGUUCGCAUCUCAAAGUAUCGCCGGGAUGCCAGAACAGAGGCUGAGAAGCAAGCAUUCACUGCAGCGGCGAAUGAACACAAACAAGGUGUCUUCAGGGAUCGGGAGUUUGCACAGUGCGUCCGCAACAAUGUCCAGCCGGCGAGAACUCGGGAGAUGCAUGUGGAAUGCAUCAAUGCCUUCCACAAUUGGCAAGAGUAUCUCCAGCCCUUGAAUGACCUUGCUGUGGCACCACAGGAUGGCGAGCUGGGCAAUGAUUCAGAUGUGUUCUUGCUUUGCAAGCAUUUCAUGCAUUCCAGUUGCUUGACACAAAAGCCUACAUUACUCCUCCCUGCGUCGCGCUUGGGAAAUGUGGGCCUGCAACCUACUCAAACUAUAUCGCGGAACAAGCUGUCUGACCGUCAGUUGGCUGAGUUCCGGAAGACAGCCCGCCAGAUUGCAGAACCGCCGUGGUCUUUGCUACGAGCAUCAGACUACCUGAAUCGGUUGUGUGAUGACAAUGCUAGUGAAAAGGUUCAUGAUCCCCCGCCGCUGGUUUUUUUCAAUUCCAGUGGGGAGGAAAUCGAUGGGUUUCAGGCUUUGAGAGACCGUGCAGACCCACCAGAGGACUUGCUCAAUUUCGCACCAGGCACUCCGAGAAAGGUGGUGGUCAAUUUGCAGCCAAGAGGUCGUGGUGGAGGUGGUGAUGCAGCCCGUGGCCGACCUGCUCGUGGCCGAGGCCGGGGCCGGGGCAGAGGGCGCCGUGAUGAAGGAGACAAUGCAAACGGGGAGGCUCCUGCAGAGGCAGCAAUGGAACCGCCUCCUGGAGCCCUGGAAGCAGAAGACAGCCUUCUGGCGAAGCUCCUGCUGCGCCAGGAGAAGGUGAGGAGAAAGUUUGUUGCACCAAGUUUCAUUUUGGCCCUGAAUUUGCUUCUUCUCAGCUUGCUUCAUGCGUGGCUCGCUGAGGAUGAUGAUAUCGCUUUCUUGACCACGCCGCGGCAGGAUGUCAAGCGUGCUUUGAAGUUCAGCCCUAAAUCUCAUUCUGCUUCCAAAAUGGGCCAUGGUCGUGCACGCCUGGUUGGGCCAAGGCGUGUCCCGCAGGUGUCCAAGAAGGUGGUCAAGCCAAAACAACAAUCGAAGAAGGCAACCUUGCCUUCAAAGAAGGAUGAGCAGAUUGACACAGCUGCAUUGGACCUUGCUUUGUCGGUUCUGAAGCAGCCCAGGAAGGACAUCACACCUCAUGAUGUGAUGGAACUGUAUAGCCGUCCACGGCUCGUGCCCAUGGCAGAAUCUAUGGGGCUGACAGGCAGCCUUUCCCUGGACAUCGUCCAUGGGUGGGAUGCAUUGAAGCCAGAGCAUCAAACCAUCGCCUCUCAGCUGCUUUCCAAGGUGACACCGAAGUUUCUGAUGACUUCGCCGCCUUGUACCUACUUCUCAGCGUUGAUGGAACUUUGGAACUUCAAGAAGAUGAAAGCUUCUGAGAAACGCCGCAGGAAGAAAGCCGCUGUGGCCAUGGUGGAGCAGGCUGUGGACAGCUGCUUGGCCCAGCAUGAUGCUGGGAGGCUUUUCGCUUUCGAGCACCCCAACAAUGCCACGUCCUGGAAGAUUACGAGCCUGAAGCGCAAGAUGGCUACUCCAGGAACCUAUACCAUCUCAUUUGAUCAAUGCUCAGUGGGCCUGGUGUCUCCAAUGGGAGAACCCAUCCGCAAGCGCACGCGGCUCUGGACCAAUUCACCCAGCAUUCGGGACUUGUUUGAAUCCAAGCAAUGUGCCUGCAUUUGCGAUCACCGGAGGAUCGAAGGAUCCCAGUGUGGAUUCAGCCUUUCGAAGUGGGCGCAAACCUAUCCACCCAAGAUGGUGAAAUGUUUGAUCCAGGGCGCAUCCAAAGAUAUGCCCUAA